AUGAGUUUGACAAAAGAUACGUAUUUGCCGAGCGACGAAGAGCUCACCGUUCCGCAGGAGGUCGUGCUCUCGACGCCAUGGCUCAAGGCGGUCGCUCCGUACAUGGCCAAACAGUGCGAAAAAGAGGCCAAUGUCAGUUUUUUUUAAAUAAAAAUUGGUGAAAGCUGCUUUUCCCUAAAAAUCGAUACAAUUAAGAUUUUUCUUUAAAAUUUAGAGCAAAAAACUAAACUCUGUCGAGUUUCUGUGCAAAAAGUAACAAAUAUCCGUUUCUUUAGGAAUUUAUGCUGCGACGAAAGGAGCUGGAAGAUCCGCGGGCCGUUCUGAAGGAAGGAGCCGCUCUCACCGCGUGCGGAGUCAAUUUCCUGCAAUCACUGAAGCGUUCGUGCCUACCGCAGACGCAAAAGCUGGCUGAAUGCGUCGAUCAGAGCAGUGCCAAGCUCUAUUUGGCCAAGUGAGUCAAAAAUUAUUGCGAAAUUGUUAUUCUUCACACUUUGUUUACGCCGACCCGGAAAAAUCUAUCCUCCUAUUCCUCGAGAGAAUCUGCUAAUUCGAUUUAAAAAAUAGUAUAAAGUCGUGUUUUUUCCCUGCAUGUCACCAUUUUCCGCAUUUUUCUCGGAAAGUCUGUAAUUCUGAAUAACUGUCGCAUUUUUCAGAUGCCACGCUGAUCAGAAGGAACUGGACGCGUGUGUGGAGGCGAAUUUGAACCUGACCCGCCCGAAACUCGGAUACUUCAGCAAACUCCACGUUUACGACUCGGAGAAACCGGCGCCAGGUGUGUAAAUAGUCGAAAUCAGAGAAUUCUCACAAGAAAUUGACGAUUUCUUACAAAUGUCUACUGAAAAAGCUGGAAGAUGGGUUCUUGCAGAGGCAAAGCUUCGUGACUACAAGGCGGAGGCGGCAAAGGUGCUGAACGAGCUGCCGGCGGACUAUCACUUGCGCAAAGACUACCGCAAGUACAACGAGUGGCGCUACAACGUCUCCGAGAGCUAA